CGCUCAAGUCGUCAUGGCCACCGAAAAAUAUCGUCAUGUGGCUACCGGAGCUGCAAGUGGAACAGAACAUUGUGAAGCCAUCAUUCUUCCGCCUAUCGAUCUGGACAAAAUGUUGCAAGAGCCGCUUCACCCAAAAGCGGACACCAUGCUGAACAAAUGUUAUACUUCCGAUGAUAUCGAAAAGAUUGCCAUGAUUCUCCACAGCUCCGGUUCCACCUCUUUUCCAAAGCCUAUUUUACUCAGCAACCGCUACCUGAUACUUUUGAUUCAGUAUUUUCCUCAUCGUUUUCAAGAAUCGGCUCCUACAUUAACCUAUGACGACCGCGAUAUCAUGCUCUGUGCCGGCCCUCUCUUCCACGUCUUUAGCUUCUUCUGCUGCUUUUCUGCAAUCACAAUGGGCGCCAGCGCCGUGUUUGUAGAAAAGCUUCCCGCCUCUGUCGACGACUUGCGUUCGGCUAUUAGUCAGACAAACCCAACCAUGAUGUCGACAACGCCCAUUGUCCUCGAACAAAUCUUGUCCUACAUGACCGAAAACCAAGAUUUUGAAUUUAUGCAGCGGUUAAAGUUGGUCAUUUUUGGUGGAGCUCCUAUGAAGUCUUCUUCUGGUGACGCGUUUAUCCAGCAUCAGAUCAACAUCAAAGAUUGUUAUGGAACUACAGAGAUCAAUGGCUUGUUUAGCUCUGAUUUCGAUCCAAGCAACAAGCAAUGGAAUGUUCUCCGCGGAACCUCGAUUAAUGCAGCUUAUUACGACUUUGAACCUCUUGAUACCAACGACCCUACAUUGAAGCAUCUGGUCAUCCUACCCAACGCUCCUUUUCUUGCGACAGGAGUGGCGAACCGUGAAGAUGGAGGUUAUGAUACCAACGACAUUUUCCGAGAAGUGACACUCAAUUCGGGUUACUACAUCCACAUGGGACGCAAAGAUGAUGUACUUGUCAUGGAAAAUGGCGAGAAAACCAGUCCCAUUCCGAUGGAGAGUAUCGUUGCUAGUGAUCCAGUCAUCAAACAGUGUGCGGUCAUUGGCGAACGGCGCCCAUGCACCUGCAUUUUGAUAGAGCUGCAACCCGAGUAUGCCAGCAAUUCCGUUCCGGACAACGUCAUGCAGAAAGUUCAACGAGCGGUGAAGCGGGCCAACAAGAAUGCACCAAGUCAUAGCACCAUUCUUCCACAAAUGAUAAAGAUCUUGCCACCCGGGCGACAGAUCCCUUUGUCGGACAAAGGCACCGUCAAACGUAAAAGCGUGGUGGACGAGUACGGUGAUAUGAUUGCUGAACUGUACGACAAUUUCUUGAAUCAAAAUUCGACGUGUUCCGCGGAAGAAAAGGAUGGCAUGCGUUGGCCGGAGGAGCAGAUCGCUUCCUUUUUGCUAGACUCGGCAGCCGAGGUGCUUGGUUUACCAGCUUCAGAGUUGACCGACGUGAAUAAAUCGCUAUUCGAUUAUGGCAUGGAUUCCUUGUUAUCGAUUCAGCUGCGUAACCGUAUUGCCCUGCAUUUCAACCACGUCUCCCACAGUUUCGUUUUUCAAUAUCCUACCGUGCAAUCCAUGAAAAAGAUACUGAUGUCUCAAACACAGACGACUUAUGAAGCAAUUGUAGAGGAACAGUACCGCUUGACGGAGGAACUAUUGGCAUCCUAUAUCAAGCGCGCCGAAACCGAUUUCGGAGUAGCGGCUACCUGCUACGCCGAGAAUGAGGAUCAGGUCAUCUUGCUGACGGGGACCACCGGGUCUUUGGGCGCCUUUUUAUUGCAGGAUUUGCUGCAACGACCGACUGUGAAGAGAGUGUAUGCGAUGAUCCGAGGCUCCAAUGAUACCGUGGUUCUUUUGGAUCGACUUCGUCAAACAUUUGCCGAUCGGUCGCUGGAUCGGUCGUUGCUCGAAUCUUCCAAACUCCAUGUCCUGCCCAUGAAGCUGGAUGACGUGUACUUGGGUCUUGACAAAGAGACGUACGAUCGGCUCAAAAAGGAAGUAACCAUGGUGCAGCACUGCGCUUGGUUAUUGGACUUUCAUCAUCCCGUUGCUCACUACGACAAGGUGUGUAUCCGUGGCAUGUACAAUCUUCUCCGGUUUGCAUUCCGUUCUGUCAAUCCGAUGCACGUCCAUUUUAUUUCGAGCGUUUCGGCCAGCGCGUGCAUAGGUGGUGACGUUGAAGAAAUGCCUUUGCCAGACAAUGCUUGCGUAGCCAUGCCAAUAGGAUAUGCGCAGUCAAAAUACAUUGUGGAAAAAUUGCUCAACUAUCUUUGCGAAAACAAGAAUUUCCCCUGUAUCAUUGAACGUUUGGGUCAAGCCUGUGGUGACAGUCAAAACGGGGUUUGGAACAUUAACGAGUUUUACCCCCUAUUGAUUGUCGGCGGUGGCCAGGAGAUGCACAAAAUGCCCGACCUGGUACUCACCAUUGAUUGGAUUCUCUUGGACCAUGCCGCUUCAGCGAUUGCAGAUAUCAUGAUCAACACUGCAAAUCAAUCGGUCAAAGUGGAGAAUUCCAUCUUUCACAUUGUGAACCCCCGCCGUUUUGUAUGGAACGACCUCUUGACCGCCAUGCGACAGAAUGGAAUGACGUUUGACUUGGUCAGUCCUGAAGACUGGCUUCGAGCUUUGGCUCAAAACGACGGCAAUCCUGCUUAUCGCUUGCUGAGUUUUUACCAAGCGUACUUUAAGAAUUUCCGGUCUCUCCCUGUGUGGAAAACCGACAAAACCUGUAACAUGACCCCGGUGCUGGACAAGGCACCUGUACUUGACAGUCAGCUCCUAGGUAAAUACCUAGGCUAUUGGUUCGAGGUUGGAUUCUACAACCCCUAACACGACAGUAUUACCUUUUCUUAUAAAAUAAUUUAUGAUUUAUAACAUGAUUUGCUUGGCGAUGAUCCCUG